AUGAUUGAAAGUGCUUUACCACAGGAAAUUUUACAGUUAUGGGAAAGAGCAAAAGGUACAACAGAUGUUACAACUGAAUUAACUGGAUUGUUAGAUUUUUUGAAGAGAGAAGUAGAGACACAACAAAGAGUUAGUAUGGCUAAGUCGAUUGAAGAGAAAGGAGGAAGAGUGAAAGAACACCUUAUGAUGGAGCCUACAGCCCGCUGUCUCUUGACGAAGUCAAAACCAGUUUCUAUAUCAAAACCUUCAUGUAUAUGGUGUGAGAAAGGAAACCACGAAACAUUAGAGUGUUACAAACUACAACGGAUGUCUAUUGAUGAUCGACGUGAGUAUCUUAAAAAACAAAAGAUGUGUACAAUUUGUCUUAAAAAAGGACAUCACGCAAAGGUAUGCAAAACAUUUAUUAAAUGUAUUGUGUGUGGGCGACGUCAUGCUGUUGUUUUAUGCAAUGGAAAGAAAGAGGAGCCCAAUGAUAGUACAGUAAUGAGUACCGCAGCUAAUUUGUCGGCGGUACCGAGACACGGUCAAGGGACGACAUUGCUACAGACAGUGACAGUGAUUGUUAGCAACGGGAAACAACAUGAAAUGGUACGUGUUCUGUUUGACAAUGGUGCACAACGUUCUUACAUCAGAGAAGAUAUUGUUAAACGUCUCAACAUCCCUAGUAUUGGUAACGAAGUUUUAAAUCAAACUCUAUUUGGUGAUGUACAAAUAUCUUCAAAAAAUUUCAAUGUCUAUGAUAUAAAUAUUAGUAGUGUAGAUAAAUCCUUUAAUUUUAAAUUAUCUGCAUUAGGACAAUCUUGUAUAUGUCGUAACAUUCCUAAAUAUAAUAAAUAUGAUAUUCAAGACUUACUUACUAGACACAACAUAACACUAACAGACACCAAUCAAACUUCUGAUGAUAUAGGAUUACUUAUUGGUGCUGAUUUUUCAGGUCUGAUUCUUACAGGUCAUCUGGUGAGAUUAUAUGAUUCGUUAGUGGCAAUACACACUAAACUUGGGUGGACAUUACAAGGUAAAGCUCAUAUGUCGUCUACAAUAAACAUGAUGUCAACUCAAGUAGCUAUGUUUUGUUCCUCAGAUGCAGUUAGUAACUUUUGGUGUCUUGAAACAUUAGGUAUUCGUGACCCAAUAGAAACGAAGACAAAACAAAAGGCAAAAUUAGAGGUACUGGCAAACUUUGAGGAGAAUGUGUCGGUUAACGACGAGGGUCGUUAUGAAGUAUUUUUGCCGUGGAAGGUAGGUCAUAAUGAAUUAUUAAAUAACUACGAUUUAGCUUAUCGACGUCUACAGUCAGUAACGAAAAAAUUACAAUCGUCUGACAUCUAUGAGAGCUAUGAUAAAGUGUUUGAUGAAUGGCUUAACCUGGGCAUUAUAGAGAAAGUUACGAACCCAGAUGAACACAAAGGUUCAUCACAUUAUUUACCUCAUAGACCAAUCAUUAAAGAAGAAAGUCUCACGACUAAAAUUCGACCGGUAUUUGACGCGUCGGCUAAAGACAAAUAUGGUAAGUCGCUGAAUAUAUGUCUUGAUACUGGCAUCAAUAUGCUGGAUAAAAUACCUAAGCUACUGAAUGGAUUUAGGAAAGGAGGAAUAGGAAUUACAGCAGAUAUAGCUAAGGCUUUUUUACAAAUAUCGAUUACACCUUUAGAUAGAGAUAUGUUAAGAUUUUUAUGGUGGGAUAAGGAUAAUAAAUUAAUCACUUUUAGACAUCGUAGAGUAGUUUUUGGUUUAACAUGUAGCCCAUUUUUAUUAUCGGCUACAAUACAACAUCAUCUCAAUAACGUCAGUAAUUACAAUCGAGAUACAGCAGAUAUAUUAUCUGAGUGUUUUUAUGUAGAUAAUGUAGUCACUAGUUUGGAUAGUGAAGAAGAUGUAUGGAGAUUCGAAAAGGAGGCUAAAGUCAUUAUGAAUCAAGCCAAGUUUGAUCUUAGACAAUGGGUUAUAUCUCCUACGUCACAUAAAAAUACAGACAAGGUUAUUUCGGUUUUAGGACUCCAUUGGCAUACAUCAAGCGAUACAUUUAGUUGUAAUAUGUCAUCAUUUUGUGACUUAAAUAAAAUUGUUGUUACUAAACGAAGUCUAUUAUCUAUAGCUCAAAAAAUUUAUGAUCCUAUUGGUUUUACAUCAGCUGUUACAUUAAUACCUCGACUUAUCCUUCAGGAGACAUGGUGUCGUAAUUUGGAAUGGGACAGUCCUCUGCCUAGUGAUUUAAAUGAAAAAUUUGAAUUAUGGUGUACAAGUUUAUGCCAACUUAAACAUUGUAAGAUUCCUAGGCGACUUACAGAAGGUCCAUUUUCUGAAUGUAUAUUACAAUUACAUAUGUUUUGUGACGCCAGCAGUAAUGCAUACGCUGCAUGCAUAUUCUUAAGGUCUGACUAUAAAGGCAAAAUAACAAUACGAUUGAUUUCAGCGAAAUCAAGAAUUGCACCUCCUAAAAAACCAUCUAUUCCACGUUUAGAACUGUUAGCUGCAUUAAUUGGAUCAAGAUUAUUGGCAGAGUCACGUAGAGAUUUGAAAUUAGAAUGUGAGGAAUAUUGCUGGACUGAUUCAAAUGUAGCAUUGUGCUGGAUUAAAAAGGAACUACAAUGGAAUACGUUUGUAGGUAACAGAGUUAGAGAAAUACGGAAGAAUACUGAUGUUAAUAAUUGGUUUCAUAUUCCAGGAAAUUCUAACUGGGCUGACUUACCAUCACGAGGAUGUGAUGCUGCAAUUCUAUUGACUUCUGGUUGGCUGGAAGGUCCGCAAUGGCUGAAAUCGGAAAAUAAUAAAUGGAUAAACUUACCUGUUUCCGUAGAUAAUGAAGAAGUAUCGACUGCUCCAUUACCUGUAGAGCGUACACGUUGUUCUGCUCCUUUUGAAAUUACUGGUGUAGAUUUAGCUGGACCACUGAUUUUACGCGAUGGACAAAAGUGCUGGAUCGUAUUGUAUACAUGUGCAGUCUACAGAGCUGUACAUUUAGAAGCAACCAGAUCACUCUCGACUGAAGCAUUUAUGAUGACCUUUCGUCGGUUCAUAGCUCGACGAGGAAGAGUCAGCAUUAUGAUGAGUGACAAUGGUACAAAUUUUGUCGGAACAAAAAAUUUACUAUCAGAAAUAGACUGGACAAAAGUUGAACAAGAUUUUGUUAUACAGGGUAUAAAAUGGAAACUUAAUGCACCUACUGCUGCGUGGUGGGGUGGAUUUUGGGAACGGUUAAUUCGAAUUUUGAAGGAUUUAUUGAAAAGAGUAUUAGGCAAGUCAUCUGUGACAUAUGAAGAGCUUCAAACUAUACUUUGUGAUUGUGAAGCGACGUUAAAUGGACGGCCUUUAACUUAUAUCGAAGAUGAGAAAAGUAAUUCGUUAGAACCAUUAAAACCCAUACACAUUUUACAACCCAUACUACAAUCUGAUGUCACAGAUUUAGACGAAUUAGACAGAAAUAGUUUAAAUAAAAGAUUGAGAGAAAUUAAGAGAAGAUUUCCGACAAAGGUUUAA